CUUCAACAAUUGAAAAGCGAUCGUCUUCAAGAGAUCAAAUUCUUUAUCUAAUAACAUAUCAAGUACUGCCACAGAAAAGCUUAGAUAAAAAUUUAGUAGAGAUAUUUUGCGUUAGAUCCCUGUUGAUGUUGUGGCUGGUUUACAUCAGCUGAUCGGCUUGUUUUCAUCCAGAGAGGUCAAAGGUUGUACAAACUCGCAGUACAUGCUGGGAAAUGAAGGAUUUGUAUGCUGGUCUACAGCGUUUGGAUUACAAGACGCUGCUUUGGAUUCAUUAUGGAAGAUGAGAUUUUUACCGACAUUAAUGGCAAAGUUAUAUCGCUGGACUGCCAAAGCCACUCAAGUCUAUGCAGGGAGUUCACUGUCAGCUCCCCCAAAGUGUCCAUUAGUAGGGUGAUGGUGUGCACUUGCUCUGUGUGGCUCUUUGCAUACGUGGUUUUCUUCUUCACGGAGAACACUGCUGUUUUAUCCAGUGCUAUACUCAUCACUCUGGUGGGGAUGAUGCUUCACAUUCAUUUUGUGAAGAUAGACCAUGAAUCAUUGCUUGUCAUCGGCUCUUUGGGAGUUCAGGUGUCUUCUAGCUAUGCGUCUGGGCGAGAGAGCACUUCCUUUAUUGAGAUGAGCAAGAUCAAGGAUAUUGUCAUAAACGAAGCUAUAUACAUGCAUCGAAUCAUAUACUACCUAUGCAUAUUGGUAAAAGACACAUCAGACCCUGAUGCAAUUUCAAGCGUGGUCCCAUUGUUUCAGAGUUCAAAGCCCAGGCUCGAUUGCUUGGUGAAAGUUUACAAAAGCUGCCAAGAGAUUCUGUCUAAGUGCUGACGACAUGCUAGAGAUCUAAGACUAGCCUUGUAUAUACAGAUGUUUCUAGUCUCUCCAUACUUCUCUGCACUGAUAACUCGUGUUAAUUUUAGUUGAAAAAACAGCCUUUUUGGUCCAUUUUGUUCCUUUGAUCUCAUGUGUUGUACAUAUGUUGUCCUCCUUUGCCCAAAACGACUUUAUUAACAAGUCUAUGGAAACGUGCUUUCUGAAGGAGUGUGUGCAAAUGUAAGUUUUUACAAGAUGCAUGUCAUCGUGAAUCACCUCUUUGUUCCAUGCAGCUAAUACAAUAUAUUUACAAUUACAUAAUUCAAUUCUGUGAAAGAAUAUAGCACUAUUAUUGAAUAACCUAUUUUUACCUGUAAAAACAAACCUUUUUAUUAACAUUAUACUGCAAACAGUUUAAAUAAAUGUA